UUACAGCCACAGGGCAAGGUCCAGGUGGACAGACCUUUCCACCCCCAACUUGACAGGGCUUCCCAAAAGCUCUCCAGCACCCAGAGGCAGUGUGUCCGAAGCCCAGUCUGGGUGACACAGCCAUGGUGCUCUGGAGUCUGGUGCUAGGAGCCCUACUUGUGGCCACUGCAGGGUGCCUAUGUCUGCUAGGGCUGCUCCGGCAGCACAGGCCCCAGGAGCCCCCUCUGGAUAAGGGCUCUGUGCCCUGGCUCGGCCAUGCCAUGGCUUUCCGGAAGAAUAUGUUUGAAUUUCUGAAGUGCAUGAGGGCCAAGCAUGGGGACGUGUUCACAGUGCAGCUAGGGGGCCAGUACUUCACCUUUGUCAUGGACCCCCUCUCCUUUGGCCCCAUUCUUAAGGAUGUGCAAAGAAAACUUGACUUUGUGAAGUAUGCAGAAAAACUGGUGCUAAAGGUGUUUGGAUAUGGCUCGAUACAGGGAGACUACCGGAUGAUCCACUCAGCCAGCACCAAGUACCUCAUGGGGAAUGGCUUGGAGGAACUCAACAGAGUCAUGCUGGAGAGCCUGUCCUUGGUUAUACUGGGGCCCAUGGGCCACAGUCCAGAUGCCAGUUGCUGGCGUGAGGAUGGCCUCUUUCACUUCUGCUACAAGAUCUUGUUCAAGGCCGGCUACCUGAGCUUGUUUGGCUACAUGAAGGACAAGGAGCAGGGCCUGCUACAUGCAGAGGAGUUAUUCAUGCAGUUUCGUAAGUUUGACCGCCUAUUUCCCAGGUUUGUUUACUCCCUGCUGUGGCCCCAGGAGUGGCUAGAAAUCCGCAGGCUCCAGCGUCUCUUCCACAGGAUGCUCUCUGUGGAACACAACUUGGAGAAGGACAGCAUAAGCAGCUGGAUGUCCCAUAUGCUGCAGUUCCUGAGGGAGCAUGGUGUGGCCCUUGACAUGCAAGACAAGUUCAACUUCAUGAUGCUCUGGGCCUCCCAGGGGAACACGGGGCCUACCUGUUUCUGGGCCCUCAUGUUCCUCCUGAAGCACCCAGAAGCCAUGCAGGCUGUGAGGAAGGAGGCCACCCAAGUCCUGGGGAAGGCCAGGCUGAAGACCGGGCAGUCCUUUGACUUAGAGGUCAGUGCCCUGCACCACACCCCAGUGCUGGACAGCGUGGUGGAGGAGACUCUGCGGCUGGGGGCUGCGCCCACCUUGCUCCGGGUGGUGCAUGGGGACCAUACCCUGCAGAUGGCCAGCGGGCAGGAGUACCUGCUCCGCAGUGGCGAUAUCGUGGCCCUCUUCCCUUACCUCUCAGUGCACCUGGACCCUGACAUCCACCCCGAGCCCACUGCCUUCAAGUAUGAUCGUUUCCUCAAUCCCAACGGCAGCCGAAAAGUGGACUUCUACAAGGCGGGCAAGAAAGUCCACCACUAUACCAUGCCGUGGGGUUCUGGUGUCUCCAUCUGCCCUGGGAGGUUCUUGGCCAUCAGCGAGGUGAAGCUCUUUGUCCUGCUCAUGGUCACAUACUUUGACCUGGAGCUGGUGGACCCUGACACGCCUGUGCCUCCCGUGGACCCCCAGCGCUGGGGCUUUGGCACCACGCAGCCCGGUCACGAGGUGCUCUUCCGCUACCGCCUGAAGCCUGCCGAGUGAGCUCUGCCGGCACAGCUGCACGGCUGCCCCUUGAGGGUCUCUGCCUCCUCAUACCCCCUGACGCUGCCACUCCCCACUGACGCCCUCCCCUGGCUCUGGUGGCGCCCCCUGCCCCUGUCCUAGUCUCCCUUCUUGCUCUCCGGCCUCCUUCUAGUCACCUCACAGGCUUCUCGUUCUCUCUCUAAAACACCCCCAGCGGGCUCUGCAGAACCCACCUGUCAGAGGAAGUCCAGGGGGAGGGGGCUCCCUGGGGGCAGCUCAGUUUGGGAGAAGUGCCUCGGCAAGCCCUGCGGUACAGGAACUGGCUGCCAUGAGUAAUGCAGCCUCUUGCAGCUGUUAGCCCCACCCUCCCACCCUGCUUAAUUUUUUUCCUCAGCACUUACUCCACAUCCUGUGGAAUUCAGGUUCUGGAAAAGUAUAGUCCAAUAGCAAUAUGAGGCAGGCCGCAUGUGUCAUUUUUCAUUUCUUAGUUGACACAUUUUU